ACUGAAGACGCCAAGAAAUUAUGAAGCACUUCGACAGUUUUCAAACGUAUCGAGGCCUAUGCAUCGGAUUGUUGGUUUUAAAUUUGUCCACCAUUUCAAUGUACCUUCGAGAAUUGGUGGAAGAUGUGGUCAAUUUUGGAUUUGCUGAAAGAUUUCUGGAGAAAAUAUUGAUCGUUGUUCUCUACACCAUUUUUGCCAUUGUUCUUAGCUUGGGUAUUUUUGAAGAAAACAUCAAACUUUUGAAAUGUUACGUAGCUUAUCUGAUUUUACACUUGGGAUCCUUCACAUCUGAUCUAAUUUUUUACAUCGUGAAGCAAGAAAGUUAUGACUAUCUGUUUUAUUCAGCAUUUGUAAUAGUUCAUAUCGUUGGAAUAAUGUGGAUCGUUAUUGGAUUGAUAAGAGCAAUCGAGAGCGACAGGAAGUUAACAGACUUUAUCGAUACAAUAUCCCAACGUACAGAGAAGGUUUACAUUGAAAAGUAUGGUGUACCUUAAUUUGUCUUUUGAAUAUAUUGACGAAAUCGAUAACCACUUAUGGAAUAAUCCUAAUGAAAUGUAUAUGUUCUAAGCCAACGGUCACAAUUCGUUGCCUUAGAGUAAGGUUUGUACAAAAUUAUUUCCACCGGAAACGUUUUCUAAAACCGUUAUUGGUGUUAAAAUUAUAAGACACUCGUGAUAAUAAAUAAAUUGAAAUCUCAUUCGAUAU